UUAAUGCCGACACGUCGCUUGGCAUUUUCAUCUUGGAACUAUCUCUCUAAUUCCACAAAGGACGUACAUGAGGUCUCAUUAACUUAUUCGAUGAAUAUUCUUCAAUCCAUUGACGAAUCAUCUUACGGACCAGUUCUUGUGUCAUUAAAUCCACUUUGGGAACCUGAUCCAUCCAAGUUAUUUGAUUCUUGGAUAUAUGAACAUCCACAAUACACACCACUCACAAUCGCUUCUCAGAAAGUUUUGUCAAGCAUUCAAAACCUCCCACAUCUGCAAACAUCCUUUGCAGGAGCUUGGACAAAUUAUGGGUUUCAUGAAGACGGAUUUACAUCAGGAAUUAAGGUGGCUACAGAAUAUUUAGGGGCGAAAUGCCCCUUUGAAAUAAUUGAUGCAACUUAUAUUAGAGGAAAACAAGUUGAAUUAUCAACGAUUGAAAAGGUUCAAAAGCGAUUGUGGAAUGGGUUUGAGUGGUCUAUUACAUAUUCUAAACCUUUAGUGAUUAUUGGGUUUACUGUUGCAAGUGUAUACCUUCAACAGGCUUUCAAAUUGGUUAAAAAUUUCACAGAUGAUCAGACCAAAACUGAAUAG